CUAAAGUAAAGAUAACACAUUUACACGACAAGCUGAUCUAGAUUGACCUCGUGGAUUUUUAUCAUGUAUCAUAAUGUCCGAGUUUAAAAUUUGAUAAUGAAGAAAUACCGAUACAAAAAUGUUGUUCAUUAACCCACAUGACUGUACAAGUAAUAUGCAAACAUUGGCCUUGUAUUGUCCGUCGAAACGUAACAUGUUUUUGAAUAAACAGUGAAUUGUUCAUAGGGAGUGUGUCUUUACAAAUCAACAAACAAGAGAAAAUGGAAGACGAAACGACGCCCCUUCUGAAGACGGCAUCGAUUCAGACAACGACUUCUACCAUCGUCAGAAACGAGAAAGCGUCAACGGAGCUCCGGCGAGCACACUUCUGGUUAGUGCCUGUCUUGCUUAUGAUGUAUGUGGGUAUUAACACCGGAUAUUACGUCAUACAGCAAUGGGUGCAGCGUUUUAUCGUGAUACGUUAUGGAGUAGAUACGGGGAACCUAACGACUACGGCGGGUUGCGACGCACAGACGAACAUUUCCGGUUACGCUGCGUACAUGCGUGUGGAGCAGGACACAGCCCAGUGGGAGAUGUACGUCUCCCUGGCAACGACUAUCCCAGCGUUCUUCGCCUCAACACUGAUUCCCUCAUAUUCGGAUAGCUUUGGUCGAAAAUACCUGUUUAUCCUGGGCAUCACUAGCACCACGCUAAGACUAGCUGUAACUUCCGUGUGCAUAUAUUUCCAAUGGGACCUUAUCUGGAUAGUUGUAGCCGCAGUUGUUGAUGGGAUGACAGGCGGGUUUUACACGAUCAUGUCCGCCUCAAUGUCUUACAUCGCUGACAUCACACCCACAGGGAGUAAACGAACUACCGCUUUAACCGUGAACGACGGGCUCUUGUUGAUAUGUAGUACAUUCUCGGGCGUCGGAUCUGGAUUUUUCAUACAGCACAAAGGGUUUCUACUACCGAUUGUAUCUUGCUGUGGUCUAUGUGUCGUUGCUUUCUUUACGGCUGUCUGUUUCUUACCAGAAACCCACAUGAAACAUCACCGGACUAAACCGAAGUCAGCUCUGUGCAUGUUAAAACGUAUGACUCACAUUUAUACUAAUAACGCUUUCAAGAAGAGAAGAUCUGCAUACCUGAUACUGAUCACAGCGUACUUCUUCCAGGAGCUUGUCAGUACGCACCGCAGUUCCAUCGAGAUUCUCUACCAGCUUGGGCGGCCGUUCUGCUGGAGCGCCGAGAAGAUCGGACUGUUCUCGGCGGCUCGGCACUUCACGCAGGGCAUCGCCGGCAUGGUGCUCAUUGUGCCGCUCAAGAGCUGCAUGUCGGACAUCACCCUGACCAUAGUCAGCGCGAUCUUCUGCACCGGCUCAUUCGUCAUGGAGGCGCUCGCAAUCACAGACACGGUGCUCUACCUCGUACCAGUGCUGGCCACAUUUGCCUUCCUCGCAGUUCCUCUACUCAAGAGCUUGCUGUCUAUAAUGACCCCGGCUGAUACUCAAGGUUCGCUGUUCGCCAGUAUCGUUUUGGUGCAGAGUGUGUGCGGGGUAAUGGCGGACUUCCUAUUUAACCAGGUAUAUUCUGCCACAGUCUCGUUUUACAACGGCGCCGUCUUCCUUCUCAUCGCCGCGCUUUCCAUGGUCGUCGUCUUCCUCGUGCUAUUCUACAAAAUAACGCUCACACCAGAACAAGAAGAUAAAACCGUUAUUCUUGAACGGGGGUCGGACACAAUUGAGCGAAGUUGACACGUGAGCUACAUUACACUGUGGUGUGAAUGUUCUGCUUCUUUACAAAGAAGAUAAAUGUACCUGAGGCCACAUCGGACAGGCCUUCCACUGUCACAAACGUACCAUGCUUGUCCGCAUCAUGAUGCUGUACAUCAAUUUGAUGGGGCAUUCAAUUCAUUUUAUAUCGUACAGUUCACUGAUUAUUGUAAUCAGUUUCCAUGGACGCAGGGAUAAUGCAGGAGAGUCAAGAAUUCAAUAGCAUGUUAUGUUAUUUCAGACUGCUACUGUAUUUGCAAUUGUGUCUUGAACGUUACUCAUAUUCUAGUCAGAACAGUAUUACUGCAAUUAGUAAUUUUAUAGUAUUGCUGUUGUUGUGUCUAGUUACUGUUACCUAUUCCUUGAACGUCUGUCAGUAAAUAUGUAUAUAGAUAAAUGUAAACAUCCCAUA